AUGUUUCCGAGACCUCGUAGGACGUAUUGCAAUUUAGAACUUAUCGUACUUCUUUUAAAUGUAUCUGGAGUGACCGUGAAGAUUGUUUCAAGACGGAGUGCAAAAUAUGGCGGAUCUCACAUUAUAGCUGGUGUAAUACAUGUUCAGGGAUACGAUGAUGAACAUCUGUUUAAUCCAGUUAGUGCAGCAAUCGAUUCAAAAGGAAACAUGUCAUUACAUUGGUCCAAAUGGAAUUCAACCGUUAAGGGAGAAGGUGAAGAACAACAGCAAGCAUUAGAUCAUAUCAAACAAAUAUUGACCACAGAACCAGUACUACAUUUUCCGGGCGAUACUUUACCAUAUAAACUUUAUACCGACGUCUCAGAGGUUGGUAUUGGAGGUGUGUUAAAUGAUGUGGUUGAUCAGGGCGAAAAACCUGUCAUGUAUCUUUCAAGAAGUAUUAAUAAGGCGGAAAAACAUUAUGCUACAACCGAAAAAGAAUGCCUUGCAAUUGUAUGGUGUAUAAAAAGAUUACGAAAUUAUUUAUAUGAUAGAGACUUCACAGUCGUCAUUGACCACUAUCCUCUUAGUUGA